AUGACAUCAGAAUCAAUAACAGACAUGACAACGAUAACAUGUAGUGCUUGUCAACUGCCAUUAGAAGGCAACUUUGCACGCGCCCUGGAUGGUGCAUUCCACUGGAACUGUUUUCUUUGCAUUGAUUGCAAUGAACCCGUUGCAGAAAAGUUUUUUCCUAUUGAAUUAGAAGGCGGCAUUCAGAAACCAUUAUGUGAACGAGAUUACUUUAGACGACUAAGCCUUACUUGUGAUAACUGUGGCGAAGCCCUCAGAGGCUCUUAUAUUACAGCAGUUGGCAAAAAGUUCCAUUUAGAACACUUUUAUUGUAGCGUUUGUUCUACUGUUUUUGGUCCAGAUGACUCUUAUUAUGAACAUGAAGACAACGUUUACUGUCAUUAUCAUUAUUCUAUUAAUUUUGCAAUCAAAUGUAUAGGUUGUGAAACAGCCAUUUUAAAGCAAUUUGUCGAGAUCAAUAGAAAUAAUGUAGAUGAACACUGGCAUCCGGAAUGCUACAUGAUUCAUAAGUUUUGGAACGUAAAGUUGGCUCAGUCUGUGGGUGAAGAAGAUCAAAAGUUAAAUAUAGGCAACAAAAUGACUUCAGAGGAACUUAAAGAAGCUCAAAAUGUGAUGGAAGAAAAAGUGUAUAGAAUAUGGACAGUGUUGUCAGCAUUUGAAGAAUCUGCUGCUGGUUGUAUAUCAGAUAUGCUUCUUCAUGUCUCUGAGGGAAGUUAUGCUGAAGGAGUUAAAAUGGCCGAUUAUUUUGUCACACAUGUUGAGGUCCUAUUCAGUGCCAUCGAUGACCUUGCUAUUCAAUAUUUGAAACAAACAAAGCAAGAACUCCAAUAUGACCGAGAAUCAAGCAUGCUCUGUAAAAAGGUAUCUAACUUCUUUUCCUUAUUGUCCCAUACUCAGGAAAAUGGCCUCCGAAAAAUUGGUAUCACGCAAGAUUUACUUUCAUUGGUAACUGGCUUAGCCCACUAUUUGAAGGUCUUGAUUCGAAUUGGAUUGACGGGCGCCUUGAGAUUGGAAAGAAAGAAUGACUGCAAAUCGAGUGCGAUCAGCCGAUUCCUUAGUCAGCUGAUGGAAUUAGCAAACAAGAAGCGACAAUAUCUACAUGAAGCAGAUUAUACUGUAUCAUCGGACCUUUGCCAAUUCUGUAGAAAGCAAUGUGAAGAUGCUUGCUUCAGAUACAAGACGUACAUCUGGCAUGAUAAAUGCUUUGCUUGCUCCUUAUGUUGUACUCCCCAACGUUCAGAUUAUAAGGAAACUUAUAUCUCUCAAAAGGAUUUAUCUAUCAUUUGCAGCAAGUGUAUCACACAUACUGAUGGUUUUGUUCAAGGUGUUCAAUAUGUAUCAAAACUCAGACAAUCAUCCUUUUUGUUACGUUUUGCUUUGCGAAGAUUAUACAGUCUGUUGAAUGUUCCAGAUCCAAUGAUUGCUUAUUAUGGCCAAAGCUAUGAACACACAUCAACACAGUAUCAGCAACAGCAACAGAUACAGUCUAUUCAACCUCAACAAUUGCAACAACAGCAAAGGCUACUAAUACAACAACAACAGCAACAGCAACAGCAACAGCAACAGCAGCAACAGCAACAACAGCAGCAUCAUCAUCAUCAAACAGCAAUAUAUACUCCUCCUUUACCUCCCUUACCAAAGUAUGUUAAUGGAGACGAUUUACCUAACGAGGAGAUUCAUUUGAAUGAUAUCAAACGAAUGAAAUCAACUCAUAUGAACAGAAAGAUCACCAAUUCACACAGAAUCGGAAAGAGAUCAACUCUGAUGGAAACUCCUAUCCCCAAUGCCGCUGCUGUUUCCAACAAUAUAGAGGAGUCCAGUCGCCCUCAAAGUCAAGGAACGGAAGCUUCCAACAAGCGAGCCUCAUUCAACGAGCUGGGCAGUUUCUCCGAAAGCUCACACCACAGCAGACACCGAUAUACAAAAUCCGUGCCUGAAGCAAAAAGCUUUUACUUUGCCGAACUUGGCGCACUGCAGCAUUUUAUGUUGAAACACAUUGCAGUACUUUAUUUGGAAGAAAUACUGCAUGACCACUUCACCUUAGAGGAACUUGCUGAUUUAAUUGAUGAUAAAAAGAAUUCGACUCUUUGGGGUAAAUUUGUGACCAGUCUGAAAGCAGGCGGAAAUAAGAAAGUACCCAAGCCUAAAGAGGGGACGUUUGGUGUAGCUAUAGAUGUAUUAGUAGAAAAGAAUGGUAUUGAAUCCAACUUGGGCGUUGGUCCAACUCGAAUCAUCAAGAUUCCAUCAUUUAUUGAUGAAAGCAUUUCCAGUAUGAAGCAAAUGGAUAUGUCAGUCGAGGGCAUUUUCAGAAAGAAUGGUAAUAUUAGACGAUUAAAGGAAUUGAGCGAUGAGAUUGAUAGGAAUCCAAACAACGUGAAUUUGGCCAAUGAGUCACCUAUCCAAGUCGCUGCUCUGAUAAAGAAAUUCUUGCGUGAAUUGCCUGAUCCGCUGUUAACCUUCAAAUUGCAUAAACUAUUCAUUACUGCUCAAAAACUCGAAAAUGAAGCUGAUCGGAAACGAGUGACUCAUUUGGCUUGCUGCAUUUUACCAAAAGCAAAUCGUGAUACGAUGGAAGUCUUGUUUGUCUUUAUGAAAUGGGUCUCUCAAUUUGCUCAGUUGGAAAACAAUACCGGAAGUAAAAUGGACAUUGUGAAUUUGGCGACUGUGCUAGCCCCCAACAUCUUGUACUCAAAAAGUAAAGACCCUGCAAUGGAUGAAUCCUUUUAUGCUAUAGAAACGGUAACCAUGCUACUCGAAAAUGCCGAAGAGUUUGCGACUGUACCAGAGGAUUUUAUCCCACUUUUACAAAACUUAUCUUAUGAAGAAGGUGAUAUGGAUAUGAAUGUUCGACACAUUUUGAAAAAGUGCGAAAUGGUCAUGAAGAUGAAGCGAGCUAAAGCCACAGGGGGACCUAUUGCGCCUCAACUUCCAAGACAGCAUUCUUCUCCAGCCGCGGUAUCCAGCAACAGUAUUCACCAAGAAGGAGAACUAUCUCAUAUGCCCAUUCAAUUAUCCUCUUCACCACAAAACAUGUCAACUAUGGAAUCCCAUGUGAGAUCACCGAAUACGCCAGUGCCUAUCAUGAGAUCGCAAUCCUCAUCACACAUCGUUGGCACAAGUUACGAGUAA